GUCUAAAACUAUCAUUCACACGCAAAUAAGAUACCAUUGAGUAGAUUUAAUAAAACAUCCUCAAUUCAUUCUUUCUUUGAUUCUAGCUAGUCCAUUCCAUUAUGCUGGGAAUAGCAGCAUGUAUGGUGGUAGUGAGUGUUGUAAUUUAUGCAUAUAAAAGAAUAAUGCCUCCUCCACCAAAGGGUCCUCCUGUUAUUACUUCACCAAGAAUUAAGCUGAGAGAUGGUAGACACUUGGCUUAUAGCGAGAGGGGGGUCCAGAGAGAAAAUGCUACAUACAAGGUCAUUCUUGUUCAUGGCUAUGAUAGCUCCAAGGAUAUCUAUUUGCCUCUUUCUCAAGAAGUGAUGGCAGAGCUGGGUUUGUACAUUGUGACAUAUGACAGAGCAGGGUAUGGAGAAAGUGAUCCAAAUCCAAAGCGCAAUGUGAAGAGUGAAGCAUUUGAUAUUCAAGAACUUGCUGAGCAGUUGCACCUGGGUUCUAAAUUCUAUCUUAUUGGGAUGUCCAUUGGAACAUACCCUGUCUGGGCCUGUCUCAAAUACAUACCCCACAGGCUAGCUGGUGUGUCACUAGUAGUUCCUGUGAUAAAUUUCUGGUGGCCUUAUUUUCCUCCAAAAUUGGUGAAGCGGGAAUUUGAGAAGCAACUUAAAAGGGACCAAUGGAAACUGCGGAUUGCCCACUAUGCCCCUGGAUUUGUGCUUUAUUGGUGGAUGACCCAGAAGUUCUUCCCUCGUGAUUCUAUAUCUGAGAGACACCCUAUACUUCUUAACAAACGAGACCUGGAAACUAUGCAGCAAAUGUCACAAGUACCUAUGCCCAAUCAGCAUAAGAUACGGCAGCAAGGUGAAUAUGAAUCCUUGUAUCGAGAUAUGAUGGUGCAUUUUGGAGACUGGGAAUUUGACCCUAUGGAGCUUCAAAAUCCAUUCCCACAAAAUGAUGAGGCUUCUUAUGUGUAUCUAUGGCAGGGUCAUGAAGACAAGCUUGUUCCAUUUCAGCUACAAAGGUUCCUUGCAAGGCAACUACCUUGGAUAAGGUACCAUGAAGUUCCGGAUGGUGGACAUUUCAUCAUUCAUGAAAAGUACUUGUGUGAAGCUAUUUUUAGAGAACUUUUGCUUGGAGAACAACCAAAAAUUAAUUAAUCAUUGAUUUGGCUAAUUAAUCAGACCAAACAGAACAUGUCUUGAUGUAAUAAAUAAAAAGUAAAUAGUCAAAUUAGUUUUUAAAAAAAUUAUUUAUUUUUUAAAUUGGUCUCUAAAAAGUUUUUUUAAUUAAAUUUAUUUUUAAAGAUUUUAAGUUAGUCAUGUAAAGUCUUUCUGUCACUUUCAUUACUAAUGGCGUCAGAAUUUGCUAAUGUAGCAUAUUAUGUGACACAUAACACAUACUUAGUAGUCUUAAUUGAUUAUUAAUAUGACCAGUUUAUGAAAUUAGAUUAAAUCAAUUUCAAAUUGAGAGAUUUCAAUGUCUUAAGUUUUUUCCUUAAUUAGGUUUUGAUUUGAUCUAAUUUUAUAAAUUUAUUAUGUUAAUAGUCAAUUAAGACUUUUAGGUGUAUGUUAUGGUAUCACUUAGUGUGUUAUAUUAACAAAUUUUGACACCAUCAAUAAAAAAAGUGACGGAAAAACUAACGUGAUUAACUUAAAAUUUUUCAAAGAUAAAUUUGAUUAAAACAAUUUCCAAAACCAAUUUGAAAAACGAAUAAUUUUUUGGGGAAGAAUUUGCCUAUUUACAAAAUAAAUAAAUAACAAUGUAAUAAUGCUAUAUGUGUUAACCAAAAAACAUUGCUUGAAUAAUAGGCUAAUUUUUCCUUAUAUGAUUGACUUGUUUAUCACUUUGCGUGGGUAUUCAUACCGGGUCUAACUAUAUAUUAGUGUAUCUUGUACGUAAUUAAUGAGAUUAGGAAGAAU